UCCUAUAGUUUCAACGUAUCGAAAGUGUAAAUAUAAUUGCAAAAUAUUAUAAAACACUAUUGUCACGUUGUGGUAUUGAACAGUAACGGUUGUUCGUAUUCGGAGAUCGGAAGAUUGAUUUAAUUUUGUUUUGUUUGUACUAAUAUUAUUUUCAAUAUUAAUGGUCUUAUAUUCCUUAUCAUAUAGCUGUACAUCUGUGUGGUCAGUUGAAAAUGAAUAUUACGCCGCUAAUUAUAGUGUUGCUUGAUGUUGCCUAUUCGGAUGCACUUAGUUGUGUUGGAUGUUCGAGAACAGCAUGUCCCAUCGUUUCUUGUCCUGGAUCUAAAGUACUUGAUCUAUGCGGAUGUUGUGAUGUUUGUGCGAAACAAGAACACGAAUCAUGUGGAGGUCCUUGGGACAGUGAAGGAUUUUGUGACACUGGCCUUGCUUGUUUAACAACAGAUCCCGAAUCAUAUGCAAAUAACGAGAAGAAUCUUCUACCAUACCCUGCAUUGCCAUUUGAUCAAUCGGCUGGAACGUGCACAGUUUCAUACAAAAACUGCAAUGAAGUUUGUGAUCAUACAAAUAUAUUCAAUAAUCGACCCAUCGGUUUCACGUAUUAUGGACGAAACGCGAUAUUUAUUGAUGAAACAAAUGGGCGAGGAAUUCAAGCUUAUUGUGAUUGCAGCUCUGAAGAACAUAGAGCAUGGACUGUGAUUCAACGACGAACUAGCAACAAAGUUAAUUUUGAUAGGACAUGGGAAGAAUACGAAAGUGGCUUUGGAUUACCACUGGAAGAUUAUUGGAUUGGUUUACAAAUGCUCCAUACUAUGACAGAGGAAAGGCCAUGUGAAAUGGAAAUAAAUGUUCAAUUUAAAAAUUCUUACAAAACUACAGCAAAAUUUGGUUCUGUAACUAUUGGGAGUCAGAAAACUUCAUAUCAGAUGACUUUUGAUGCGGAAAAAAAUAAAAUGAAAAACGAAUUUACGAGCAUCCACGACGGAAUGAAAUUUACAGCUAAAGACAAAGAUAAUGAUAAUUGGUCUGGUGGAAAUUGCGCAAAAUGGCUCAGGGGAGGUUGGUGGUUCAACAGCUGUACGCCUUACAACUUAAAUGGUUUGUACCGCGAUCAUUCUUCUACUGCUGACAGAAUAACAUGGGGAGGACGAUUGUCUCCAGAUGUGGAAAUGGUGGAAAUCAAAAUCCGACCUAAGAUGAAUUAGAUUAUGUAGUUAUUGAGUAUUUAUAUAUUUAUUGCACAAUUUAUUUAUAUAGAGUACUACGUACGUACGGCAGAUUUGACAAAGGAAAUAAAAUUGUAUCUGGGUGUUUGUUAACGA